UUGCGCUUUUCCAUUAUUUCCACAUCUGAAAACCCCCAAGUGAAGUGAAAAUAUUACGUUCAAAAUUUACACCUAAUCUAAUUAGACACAUGGCCAACGAAACGGUAGUAAAAUCAUCAAAAAAUGUCUCCUCCGGCGAGCAGGAUUCAAAGCUAAAGAUUCUGGCCUUGCACGGUUAUCGGCAAAACGGCGACGGCUUCAAAUCCAAGCUAGGAUCGUUCCGGAAAUUCAUCAACAAGCAUGCCGAACUGGUGUUUGUAACGGCACCACACAUUGCUCCCCCUCUUCCGGAUAGCGAACCAGGAACGGAACCGGAUCCGGCACAGCGUGGCUGGUGGUUCAACAAGGAGGACGGUACCUUCAAGGGAACGAACAAAAAUGGUCCCGCAAUCGGGUUCGAGGAGAGUCUCAAGCUGGUGGAAAAAGUGUGGAAAGAGGAACAGUGCUGUGGAUUGUUGGGGUUCUCGCAGGGGGCCUGUUUCGUGGGGCUGCUGUGCGAUCUGAGUGCCCGAGGGAUGACGUCAAUUAAGCCGGAGUUUGCCGUACUGUCGUCCGGUUUCCGAUCCGGCAGUUUGGUGCAUCUAAAUUUCUACGAGAGCAAGGUGCAGAUUCCAUCGUUGCACAUCUACGGCGAGGCGGACGAGAUUAUUCCAAAGGAAAUGAGCAUGGCCUUAGCGGACACUUUUACGGAUCCGCAGGUACUGACGCAUCCGGGCGGUCACUUUUUGCCGGCCCAAGCCACCCAGAAGCAAACCUAUGUGGAGUUUUUCCGGGACCGGUUACAGUUCCAUUUGGAAGCGAAGGAAAUUGAGAAUGCCACUGCUGCGAAUAGUAUAAUGCUGAAUGAUAACAGUGCUGGUGGGGGAAAUGGAGUUCACGGAACCGAUAACGACGAUGAUGAUGACUCGGAUUAGGUGCGGUGAGGACUGAAGGAAAUGAAAUACAGUCUUGCGUUUACGUUGAAAGCGUUUGGUAA